AUGCUCGCCGCGAGAUGCCCAGCAGCGGCGGACUCUUUUCUAGCACUUCCUGGAAGUCUCCGACGGCUUGUGCUCCAACGACGAACCCUCGCGACCGCCACUGAUGCGUCGCCAGCUGUAGCGAGCAAUGUCGAAGCUCGCACACCUCCUUAUGCGAAGCUGCUGGAACGGCUACAACAUGUUCGCCGAAUACUGCCGACUCGAUCUCUCACCCUUGCGGAGAAGAUCUUGUUCUCUCACCUUGACAACCCAGAGGAGUCCCUCCUGGAAGGAACAAGCAAUGGCGCAGACAUUCGAGGUAGAGCCACACUCAAGCUCAAGCCAGAUCGCGUGGCCAUGCAGGAUGCUAGCGCGCAGAUGGCGUUGUUGCAAUUCAUGAGUUGUGGUUUGGCUUCUACCGCGGUGCCUGCUAGUAUACAUUGCGAUCACAUGAUUGUUGGCGAGAAGGGUGCCGACACUGAUCUGCCGAACAGCAUCACUGGCAAUAAGGAGGUGUACGAUUUCUUGGAGAGUGCAGCGAAGAAGUAUGGCAUUGAGUUCUGGCCUCCAGGUGCAGGUAUUAUUCAUCAGGCAGUCCUGGAGAACUAUGCUGCACCUGGCCUGAUGAUGCUCGGGACGGACAGUCACACGCCCAAUGCUGGUGGACUUGGAGCGGUUGCGAUUGGAGUCGGAGGUGCAGACGCUGUAGAUGCGCUUGUGGACGCACCAUGGGAGCUCAAAGCACCAAAGGUGCGAGGGGUGCGACUGGAAGGCAAGCUGAGUGGAUGGGCUUCGCCUAAAGAUGUGAUAUUGAGCCUUGCUGGCAAGCUCACUGUAAGAGGAGGUACGGGCUACAUCAUCGAGUAUACUGGUCCAGGCGUAGAGAGCUUGAGCUGUACAGGCAUGGCUACGAUUUGUAACAUGGGCGCAGAAAUUGGUGCCACGACUUCGAUCUUCCCAUAUACACCUUCUUCGCACAACCCUUAUCUGUACUCGACGCACCGUGGAUCGAUAGCCGAGCAAGCGGCUGCCAUUGCAGCAUCUCAAGGUCCACAUAAUCUUUUGACUGCUGAUAGCAGGGCCGAGUACGAUGACGAGGUGGUGAUUGACCUCAGCAAGCUCGAGCCACAUAUAAACGGACCUUUCACGCCCGAUCUUAGUACGCCUCUUUCCAGGUUCAAGGAUGUGGUGAAGGCCAACUCAUGGCCGGAGACCUUUGGCGCUGGACUCAUCGGAUCUUGUACGAAUAGCUCGUACGCUGACAUGACUCGAUGCGAGUCUCUGGUUAAGCAAGCGUCAGAUGCGGGACUGAAGCCGCAAGCUGACUUCUUCAUCACUCCCGGAAGCGAGCAGAUUCGAGCAACCGUAGAUCGUGAUGGUACUAUGCAGACUUUCGAGGAUGCUGGAGGCAUGGUGCUCGCAAAUGCAUGCGGUCCCUGCAUCGGCCAGUGGAGUAGGACUGACGGCCUCAACAACGGCCAAGCCAACGCCAUUUUCACCAGCUACAAUCGCAAUUUCCCUGGCCGCAAUGACGGCAACAGGAAGACCAUGAACUUUCUCGCAUCUCCAGAACUUGUGACCGCCAUGUCGUACUCCGGGAGGACAGACUUCAACCCUCUCACUGACAGCAUACCACUUCCUAAUGGACAAGACUUCCGAUUCCAGCCACCACAUGGGAUCGACCUGCCAAGCGCCGGCUUUGCUGUCGGUAACCCACUCUUUCAGCCAACGCCACCGACUCCCGAUGCCUCAGUCGAGAUUGCCAUCGACCCCAAGUCCGAUCGUCUAGCCGUCCUCGAGCCAUUUCAGCCAUUCCCGCAAGGCGAGCUCACUGGCAUGAAAGUGCUAGUCAAGGUCAAGGGCCAAUGCACGACGGACACGAUCUCUGCUGCUGGACCGUGGCUGAAGUACAAAGGACAUCUACCCAACAUCUCGGAGAACACUUUGAUCGGUGCUAUCAGUGCGGAUACUGGUGCUGUAAAUAAUGUCACUGAUAUAGAUGGCUCGACGCAUACUAUCCCAGAACUUGCGACCAGAUGGAAGGAAUCUUCUCAGCCAUGGAUCGUCGUUGCUGAGCACAAUUAUGGUGAAGGCUCGGCACGUGAGCAUGCAGCUCUACAACCACGUUACCUUGGCGGCCGCGUCGUGUUGGCCAAGUCGUUCGCUCGAAUUCAUGAGACGAAUCUGAAGAAGCAGGGGGUGGUGCCUCUUACCUUCGCGAACGAAGCAGACUACGAUAAGAUGUCAGGUUGCGAUCAGGUCAGCACGGAAGGUCUGCAUGACGUCUUGCAGAAUGGCGGUAACGGCACCGUCAAUUUGAUUGUGAAGAAGCACAAGACGAAUGAUGAAUUCAGUGUGCCUGUCAAGUCCAACUUGUCGAAUGAUCAGUGUGCGUUCAUCCUUGCUGGUAGUGCGCUCAACCUACUUGCACAGAAGGGCAGGAGUGCAUGA